UCUGGGGCCAUUGUUCCCGGUCUCAAAGUCUUGCUUGGGGUAACAAAGCUUAGUAUGUGGGAACAAUGGAGAGAGAGAGAACAAGGUUUGUGGAUAUCAAGUCUCAGCUUUCCCCUUUUGUCCGCGGACACAGAAACUCCACCCUGAAAGUUGGAACCACGGAGUAGUUAUCUUCUCACAGUUGGACCUCAGAGCAUCAGAGCAGAGCAAACCCUUCCUCAUGCAGGGUGAGAGAGGAGCAUAAGAGAACAAAUACAACCCCUGUUGAGUUUUAGCACAACCUCUGAGACAUUUCUGUAAGAGGCGUAGAAAGUUGAUUCCUGGCUGCAGUGGCAUUAUCAUGGCUUCUCAAGGCCUCCAGAUCAUGGGUGUGCUGCUGGCCUUCAUCGGCUGGCUGGGCACCAUCAUCACCUGCGCCAUGCCCAUGUGGAGAGUCACCGCUUUCGUCGGGGCGAACAUCGUCACGGCCCAGGUGAUCUGGGAGGGCCUGUGGAUGACCUGCGUGGUCCAGAGCACGGGACAGAUGCAGUGCAAGGUGUACGACUCCAUGCUGGCUCUGCCUCAGGACCUGCAGGCCGCCAGGGCCAUGGUGGUCAUCGCUGUGAUCGUCGGGGUGUUUGGCAUCCUCAUGGCCAUGGUUGGAGGGAAGUGCACCAACUGCAUGGAGGACGAGGUGGUAAAAGCCAAAGCUUGCAUUGUGUCCGGAGUGAUCUUCAUAAUAGCAGCAUUUCUGAUAAUGAUCCCGGUGUCGUGGUCAGCUCACGCAGUGAUCAGGGACUUUUAUAACCCCAUGGUGAUCGCUGCUCAGAGGAGGGAGCUCGGGGCGGCUCUGUAUAUCGGUUGGGGCUCCGCUGGGCUGCUGCUGCUGGGAGGGGGCCUGCUCUGCAAUAACUGCCCCCCAAGAGAAGGCACCAGACCCUACAUACCUGCCAAGUUCGCCCCUGCAAGAACCGCAUCUUCAAAUGUGGACUAUGUGUGAGUGUUCAGAGUGGAACUGCAGCAUGAAAUGUCGGGAGGUUUAUUCUUAUUUAAAAAAAAACUUGUUUGUGGAAAAAAAAAUGUGGAGCAUUUAAUUCACAAAAGACAGCACAGUUAAGUCCUGUAUAUUUCCUUGUUCUUUUGUCUGCUUGUUUUUACUUUUGUUAAUUGACACAUGGUGUCAAAUAUACCUUUUUACGUGACAAUGCUUUCACAAAUAAAUAUUUCCCUUGUGAAUCUAAGGAUGUAACAUUUCUAUGCAAUAAUAUUUUCUUCGGAAUAUAAUACCUACUAUAACGAGUUGUUUUAUACAUAAAGUAUGAGACUAAAUGGAUUAUUAUUUAGACUUCUGAUCAGAGAAAAAUGUGACUGAAAAGCAUUUUGGAAAAAUUGACAUCAUACGCAGAUUUUAAUAUUGAACAAUGUGCAGUUGAAGCAGAUCUGAUGUAAUUGUAUAAUGAUGAAAGGGUCACAGACUUUUGAAAUUGCUUUCAAAUGUCAGAAAUAAAGCUUCUUUGUUCCAA